CUUUCACCAUUUCACACUGAAAGCUGAAUGUUUUCGUUUUAUGAUUUUUAUUUUGGUUAUGUUAUCUCUUAAUAUUCAAAACAUUACAGUUAGAAAAAUAUGUGAAAGAGUAAGAAUUUAAUAGUUAUCAGCUAUUCUACGUAGCGAAAAUGUACAGUGGAUUGUAAACACUGGAAAAACACGAAAAUGACUGAACCAAGCCUGACCAUAAACUUGGCUUUAGAGACUAUCAAAAGCAUAUCCGUACCUUUUAAUUCGACAACAACAGCUGAAGAUGUAUGUAUUACUAUCUGCAAACAGCUUAAUAUAGGUACUCUUGCUAGACACCUCUUUGCACUGCGUGUAACUGGCAAGCAAACCUUCUUAUCACCCUCAGAGUUUGUGUUCAGAGACAACCUGAUUUUGGAUUUUCGUAUACGUUUUAAAGUCGAUCCUCUUAAGAGACUGGAUAAAAUCGACAUAAACGCCUACAAUUACUAUUUUCAACAAGCUCGUAUUGAUGUACUAGAAAAUAAAGUACCCGGACUAAGUUAUGAUAAAUACAAAAAAGAAUUGGUGGGUUUGGGCAUCACUGAUAUGUACAGGGUGAUUUUGGAGAAAGGAAUUUCCAGGGAUAUAGUUGCAAAUGAUUAUAAAAAGUACCUGCAUAAAGAUGUUGUAAAAAAACACGCUUUGUUUAUUAAGAAGCCUAUUAUUGAACAUUUAAGGAAGCUAGAAGAACGUGCUGGGGAAAUUAAUGUUUUGUUUGUAAAAGCACAGUAUAUGACACAGCUAGAUAUUAUUGCUCCUGAUUAUUUGUUUGAAUCAUAUAAAGCAGUAACUGACCUGGAUGGACAGCAUCCUUAUUCCAUUACUGUCCAAGUUGCUCCUUUCGAUAAAGUUGAACCAGGUUUAAAAUAUUGUUUAGAGUCAAAGAAAAAUCAAUGGACUUUAAUAUGUUCCAUAGAAGAUUUAGGAUUUAUCUCGAUUAGAAAUGACGGUGCAAUAGAAAUAAGUAGGAAAAAUGGUAUACCAUUCUACUUAAAGUUUCAGUCAAUGGAGAAAAUGUAUUCUUUCAUAAGCCUAGUGGAUGGUUAUUACCGGUUGACUUGUAAGUGGACUUUUAAUGUAUGUAGAGAAGUUUCAACUCCAUCACUUAAGAAAUUGCAUGUUAUGAAAUGUCAUGGACCAGUUGGUGGUGAAUUUUCCUAUGCAAAAUUAGAAUCGAAAAGGUCUAAUAGAGUGGGCUGUUUUAUUAUAAGGGAAAGUGAAACAAACUAUAACAUUUAUUAUAUAGAUGUUUGCAUGAAGGAUAGCCUUAAGCCAAAAACAUUUAAAUUAGAGAAAAUAAAGGAAGAAGGAUAUAUAUUUAAUGAUGAUCCAACCAAAUAUAAAAAUAUACACCAACUUAUGCAUGCUUACAAUGAUCAGAAUGGUACUGUAUACCUACAGGAGUGCAUACCACCUUCUGAAUAUGAUAUAUCUCCAUUGCUGUUGUGUAGGAGUGAAAGUGUUGUUGGUGAUGCAUUGACUGACAGUUCUUCUUUAAACGUCUUGAUACCUCAGGGACCAGUUUGUAUUAAUUACAAAGAUUUACAGGUGUAUAAAGGUCAAGGCAAAGAAGGUCACAGGGGCAUCACCCUCAUAUACAGAGGAAUGUGGAAAAUUGCCAGGGGCAAAAAGAUGGAAGUUGCCUUAAAAUUACUUAAGCAACAAUCAUUGGAGAAGUACCUGAAGGAUUAUUUGAACUUGAUAGGGCAGUGGGCGUUCUUGAAGUCCAGCGCCGUAGUCAGGUUCUUCGGCGUGGCCCUGGCGGUAAACAACAUAUCGCUGGUCACCGAAUAUUUUAAAUUGGGCCCUUUGGAUCAGUACCUUCGCGAUAACAGGAGCAGGAUACAGAAAGUCGAUCUGAUUGAGGCUGCGAGCAAUCUGGCCUCGGCCGUGUGGCAUUUGAAAGAAAACGACAUAGUCCAUGGAAAAAUUAGGUGUAGGAAGUUGAUGGUGAAUUGUCAUGAAGAAAAUACGUUUACUGUCAAAUUGGCUGAUCCUGGUUUGCAUACGAACUAUGAAACGUCAGAUGUUCACUGGAUACCUAUCGAAUGUUACACUACUCUAGAUUACGCCAAAAGAUCCACAGCUGCCGAUAUUUGGGCUCUCGCAACAACCUUUUACGAAAUCUUUACCUAUGGUAAAGUCAUGCCAGUUACAGACCACGUACAAACGAUGAGAUGGUACAUGAGUGGUAAAAGACUACCCCAACCUCAAGGGUGCGACGACGAAAUCUACACCUUGAUGAUGGAGUGUUGGCAUUCCGAUCCUCAUCGUCGAAAGCAACCGCAAGAGGUCAGUCGAGACAUCAAUCAAUUGCUCUACCAAGUCUACAAUUCUAGAAAGAGACAUCCUUAUGAUACCAUUAGAAACACCACGUCGAAUACGAGGUCUACAUAUAGUCUAAGUUCAAACACUACAGGUUUUCUAGAUACUACUGAAAUUAACUAUGAUGAGUUGAUUUCUGCUAACGAUCCAGAGGUGAGUUCAAACCGGUCAGAGAGCAGUUUUUCGAAUGCUUCCUCCCAGCACUGGCUGCUCAGUUCGCAGGAUUUGGUCAAUUUCGAUCCAGAUUUAGGUGACUCGAAGGAUUUCUCUAAGCUGUUUUCGAACUCGAACUUUACGAUAAGCACGUCUGUGGACAGUUUGAACUCGAUGGAGGGUAUUUUUGAACUUGAUGACGAGUGUAGCGUUGUUCUGCAGGGUAGGAUAGGAAUGGGAUUCUAUGGAGACGUAUAUAGAGGCACACUGGAAUAUUUCAAUAAUCCUGAUAUUGAACCCAGGGUGGUUGCAGUAAAGAAAUUAAAAUCUUCCGCCAUGUCAUCAAGUUGUUUGGCAGAUUUUGAAAGAGAAAUCAAAAUAAUGAAGGGCCUACAACACGACAAUAUAGUCGAAAUUUUGGGAGUUUUACGAAAUCCAGAAAUCCUACUGGUUAUGGAAUUUGUUCAGCACGGGUCUUUGCAGAGUUACUUGAAAAUCAACAAAGAAACGUUACAAAUUCCACAGUUGUUAAAGUACGCCUCCAAUAUAGCAGAGGGGAUGAAAUAUCUAGGAUUUAGAAGCAUAGUUCACAGAGAUCUGGCUGCCAGAAACAUACUUGUUGUGGAUGACAACAAAGUCAAGAUAUCCGAUUUUGGUUUGGCACAGUUUACCGGUACCAGCGACUAUUACAUACUGAAGAGUCCCAACAGGGAAUUGCCCAUAAAAUGGUACGCACCGGAAAGCUUGGCCGAGGGCAAAUUCUCCGUUAAAUCUGAUGUAUGGUCGUACGGAGUGACCAUGUACGAAAUGUUCAACUACGGAGAGGAACCGCCGACAAUGGUUAACAUAGACAAAGUACUGGAAGGGCAGGAGCAACAAGUACUUCUUUCUGCUAUAAUGAGCGGCGCUAGAUUUCCGUGUCCUCCAAACUGCCCUCAAGCAAUCUACACUCGUUUGAUUUACCCUUGUUGGCAGGCUGAUCCUCACUAUAGACCCUCCUUUGAACAGUUGAUAAAAGAAAUCAACGAUCUCACCACACAAUACUAAAACGUGUUGUGAUUUUGCUUUAAAAGUGUUUCGUAUAGUUUCGGACCGAUUUUAAGCUUUAAUUGUACCUGUUGUAAGUGAAGAAUGCCUUGGGAUGAACCUCCAUGAGACAUGUCGACUACGAAUUUUUGAAACGAAGACUGUUUUUAACGUGUUUGUAAAUUGUUGAUUUUGGAACGACUGUAAAUGUUUAUAUAAUAUUUGUUGUUGCUCAUGUUCAAAGCAUUUGUGCCAUUUUUACUAUACACACUUGAAUUUCCUUUUUUGGUAACAGAUUGUAAAUAUUUCUAUUAAUUGUUGAUAUUUGCAGAUAUUGUAUAAAAAGAGAAUAUAGUAUGGAUCUAUA